AUAUUAACAGGGAAACGAAUAGCGUGGAUAGUUAAACAUUUUCGGUGAUCAUGACUUCGAUUGAAUACGGUGGUGGACCCACUCUUCAGCAACGACAGGCGUUUACAAACUUAGAAGAGGGUGGACAUGUGCCAGGAUAUAUGGGAUUUUGCCCACAAUUUAAAUACAGAUAUGGCCAUUCUUUUGGUAAGGAGACAGCAGAUAUAGCUAAAGUAAGUGAUAUGAAGUUAGCGAGGAAAUAAUUGAUGAUAAAAAUAAUAAUCAUAUUAAAAUUUUAGGAACUUCCAUAUUACAAUGGUCCAAGAACUCAACAUCCGCAUCAUCUUUAUCCUGUUAUCGGUAAAGAUAAAGCUGGUGUUGUUCGAUCCGUGUUCAGCGAUGAAGUACCUGGUAGAAUGUUACCUAAACCAGCAGGAGAUAAUAAAUAUUUUGAAGGAAUGAUUCCAGGAUAUUCUGGCGAUGUACCACAUAUGAAUUUCAAAUUCGGUGGAACCUACAGAAAUCUCUCCGAUGAAUGUGUAGAUCAAUUUGUUCGAGAAUAUAAGUGUACUGAACAAAAACGCAAUGAAUUGAAAGAGUUGGCUAGCCUAUUUCCAAAACUUCGUCCUGUUGCUCGUGAUCCUUUAGUCAGGGAUCAUUUGAAUAUAUGGACUGAUGAUAUGAUAAAGAAAAACUUUGAUGUGAAUAUUGUUAAAGGUCCUACAGAACCACCGAUUCCAGGUUAUCAAGGAUUUCUGCCACGUGUAGAGACAACAGAAGCUGGCCUGGCUAAACGAUUUCAUGAAGCAGCUAAAAGUGGAUUGGAAUCAUUCAGAGCUGAGUGCAGAAAUCAUUUUGAUAAUCUUGAUAUGCCUAUGACCAGUUUAGACACAUCACCACAGAUGGCAAGGAUAGAUCCGCUUACAUCAAGCAGUAAAUAUCAUAGUUCACGUAUAUUCCGUCAAGAGGGUAUGAUACCAGACUAUGAAGGUCAUAUUCAUGGUUAUAAAUUUCAAAUUGGACAAAACUUUGGUAAUGCAACACGUGAUUUAGAAGUAUGCGCUCAUCCAUAUUCAAGUUAUGGAGAAUAUACAAAAGCAAGAGAUUUAGCUCAAAAAUAUCUUUCAUAAAAAAGAAGUAGAGAAUAAUUAAUUACCCAUUUUUAAUUUCACAGUUAAACAUUUUUGUUUUAUUUAAACAAAAUUAUUUAUAUCAGUUAUCAUGACCUUGAUCAUUUAAAAAAUAGCGCCAAAGAUGAUUUAUGUCUUUCUUAUUUUAUUUCUGUGAUAUUUUAAUUUAUUAUUUCUCUGCCUUCCUGUCCAGAUGAAUAUCAGCUUUAAAUUAAAUUUAUUUUUUAUCAUUAAUUUACAAACAGAAUAAUAUUUUCACUUUCUUUUGCUUUUUAAAAUUACUGACUUUUUUCUCACUUAAUUUCAUGUGAGUAUAUUAAAAGAAAACUUAACAUGACAUAGUACAGAAUGCCAUUAUUUUGUUAGCAAAUAAAUA